CCGUUCAGUCAGCAACGAACCGGCCGUGAGUCGGGUCCAUCAUUUUUUGUACGCGUCUUCUCCAUUUGCGGGUGAGUGCGAGGUGUGAACGUCAUGCUCUUUCUGCUACCUGUGCACGGCUUCUACCUGCAAUGGAUAAGUGGCAUUGGAUUUAAUUGGCCAACGUGGUUCGUGUUGACAUCGUUCAUCCUUGUCGCUUGGUUAUGUUGGCGUAAUUCACGAUUCGUGCGGCUCGUUAGCGCCGUACCGUGCCCGAAAGGAAUCCCGAUCUUCGGCAACCUUCUUCAACUUAACGUUGGUCAAGUUGAAUUCUUAAGGAUCGUUCAUCGUGAAUGGGUAGAGAAACACGGACCCAUUUAUUGUGGAUGGGGCGGUUCGCGUGCCAUCGUUUGCAUAGCCUCUCCUGAAUUAAUGGAGCCGAUCCUCGCAAGCCAGAAGCUUAUUACAAAAGGAAAAGAAUAUUCUUACCUGAGCAAGUGGUUAGGCGAUUGCAUGUUUCUGACAACAGGGAAACGAUGGAGAAGCCGCCGUCGUAUGUUGACACCUGCUUUCCAUUUCCAAAUUUUGGAGAAUUUCUUCGACGUGUUCAACGAUCAAAGUCGUCAAUUAAUCAAAGAACUCGAAGCAGCUGCCGCUUCAUCUGCUGACGAUGGAUCCGUUAACGUCUACAAGAUACUAACGCAGUGCGCUCUGGAUAUUAUCUGCGAUUCAUCAAUGGGCCGUCAGGUGAGGAAGCGAGAAGAAACUAGUGGCUACCUGCAUUCCAUAAACAGGAUAACGCAGUUGACUAUGGAACGGAGUCUGAGACCUUGGCUAGACAAUGACGUGCUUUUUAACCUGACGGCAUUGGGUCGAGAGAAUCAGCAGUGCGUAAAAGUGCUGCACGAUUUCACCAACCAGGUGAUACAGGAUCGGAAGAAGAUGUUGAAUAACAACAACUUGAUUGACACGACCAUUAGCGAUCAUGAAAAAAUCGAAGAAAAUUCAGCGAAGAGGAGAUUAGCCUUCCUCGAUCUGUUGAUUCAAGCCUCAGAGAAUGGAACUAAACUUAGCGAUGAUGACAUCCGCGAAGAAGUAGAUACGUUCAUGUUCGCCGGGCACGAUACGACAGCCACAGCGAUGAGUUGGUUUCUUUAUUGCAUCGCUAGGAAUCCAGACGAACAGAAACUAUUGUUUGAUGAAGUGGACGAGAUGUUCGAAGACAGUGACCGUCCUUGCACACCUCAAGAUUCGGCUAACCUCAAGUACCUGGACUGCUGCAUCAAAGAAACUCUGAGGCUUUACCCGAGUAUUCCCGGUGUGAUGAGAACCAUCACGGAAGACACAGAAAUUGGUGGAUACGUUUUACCAGCCGGAUUAUCCGUAGCGCUGCUCAUCUACGGAAUGCAUCACAAUCCAACAGUCUACCCAGAUCCCGACGCCUUUAAGCCCGAACGGUUUUUACCCGAACAGAGUGCUAACCGUCAUCCGUACGCUUUCAUUCCUUUCAGCGCUGGACCUCGAAAUUGCAUCGGUCAAAAAUAUGCCCUUUUCGAAUUGAAAGUCGUCUUGUCUUGGGUCUUACGCAAAUUUGAAUUCUCAUUGGUUGACCCGACGAGCCCGCCGGUCAGCGCGUCCAGCGAGAUCGUGCUGAAGCCACUGGAUGGUAUCCACUUGUCGGUGAAAUUACGUCAGCCCUGCUCAAUUGCCGUUUAGGUGAGGAUUCUUCGCACAAGACAAAACGAAUUGUAAUGUUAUUAUAUCGAUAACGAUUUUGAAUUAAGCUAGAUCAAUUUAAAUAUCAAAACGCACACUCACGACACACAAGAACAAAAGAGAGUCCAUUUUCAUAUAUAGAUAGAUUUUUUUACUUUGCGUCGAUAAUAAUUAUAUGCAUAUUGACUAUGUAUUCCACUGUACGUCACACAUACACACACACGCACACACACAAAAAAAAAGAAAUAAAAUUGAAUAUUUCGUUACACUCUACAUAA